AUGCAAUUCAAUUCAACAGAACACCAGCACGUUCGCUACAAUCCUCUAAAAGACCAGUGGGUUUUGGUCUCACCUCAUCGCUGCAAAAGACCUUGGAGCGGGCAGACGGAACCAGAAUUAGAAGAACCCUCGGAUGAAAACAAUCCAUUGAAAGCUGGUGCAAUCAGGGCCAAUGGACAGAAGAAUCCACACUACACGUCCACGUAUGUGUUCCCCAAUGACUUCCCAGCCCUUCUGGAGCGUGUCCCAGAGCCGCCGCCGUCUGAACACCCUCUGUUCCAGAUGUCCCAGGCGAAGGGAACUUGCAGGGUGAUGUGUUUUCAUCCGGACUCCAAAAUGACCAUAUCGCUGAUGAAGGUUGAAGAAAUAUUGUCUGUCAUCGAAGAAUGGGUACGACAAGCCCAGGAGUUGGGAAGACGUUAUACUUGGGUCCAGAUUUUUGAGAAUAAAGGCUCUGUCAUGGGCUGCUCGAACCCUCAUCCACACUGUCAGAUAUGGGCGUCAAGUUAUUUACCCGACGAGGGUAAAAUUAAGGACAGAUGUCAGAAAGAGUACUACAUUAAAAAUUCUAAACCAAUGUUGAUGGAAUAUUUGGAGCAAGAGUUGAUAAGGAAGGAACGUAUAGUUCUUGAGAACCAGUCUUGGGUGACCCUUGUCCCGUAUUGGGCUGUAUGGCCGUACGAGACCUUAUUGUUACCGAAGCAGCACGUCCAAAGGAUCACCGAUUUGGACGAAGUUCAGAAGAAGGACCUGGCUAUCAUGAUGAAGGAAUUGAACACCAAAUACGACAACUUAUUCCAAUGCAACUUCCCAUAUAGUAUGGGGUGGCAUGGAGCACCCACGGGUCCGUCAGCUAAACCCGGGGAUUCCCCGCAUUGGGUAUUCCACGGCAUCUAUCUCCCGCCACUCCUGAGAUCGGCGAGUGUCAAAAAAUUCAUGGUGGGCUACGAACUGCUCGCACAACCACAGAGAGACCUAACACCCGAACAGGCCGCGGAGAAACUACGAGAAUGUAGUCUAGUACCGAUAGGUAUAUCAAUAAAAGUGUGUUACGAAUGUGCAGCAUUAAUGAAGAAAGUGUAUACAUUUAGAGAACAAAUUAUUAAAUCAUUCGACAUACUCAGCGCAUAUUCUAAAAAGCACACGAUCCUCAAUUCACCAAAAGACUUAACAUGUAACUCAAUACAAAGACUAUCUCAUCACUCGGUGAACACGAGUCACUUGGCCGAUGAUGUGGAAGUAGAUAUUGUGAAGACUGAAGAUAUAUUCUGUGGAUUUGCUCAAUUAGAGGAACAGGAAUUGAAAUCGGAAAUAGGUGAUAUAUUCGUUCAAGAAGAUAACUUCGACGGAGUGACGUCAGAUGAUGACGUCAUGCUAUCGUCUCUCAAGAAGAAGAAAGUAAAGGAAAAGCACACAAUCCUCAAUUCACCAAAAGACCUAACAUGUAACUCAAUACAAAGACUAUCUCAUCACUUGGUGAACACAAGUCACUUGGCCGAUGAUGUGGAAGUAGAUAUUGUGAAGACUGAAGAUAUAUUCGGUGGAUUUGACAAAACAGGUAUUGCUGACAUUUUCGUUCAAGAGGAUGCGUUUGAUAGAGUGACUUCAGAUAAUGAUAAUAUGUAUUCAAGCAAGAAAACGAAGAAAAAAAAGAAAAAAGAUAAAGAAAAGAAACAGGAAAAAACGCCACGAAAGCUCAAAAAUCUGCCGUCCUUCGUGGAGUUGUAUAGUAUGAGCGAGACGGAGAUGUGGAGUGUGAGGGAGACAGAUAUAGCGAGUGAAGAGUUCAGCAGAUUGAGGUACAAGUGUGAGACUUGUGUGAUAGCGUUUAAUACCAAGAGAUUGAUGGAGAUGCACCAGAGAGGGAAACACGUGGCGAAGAGUGAGUCAGCCCAGCAAUGCGACGUCUGCACAGCUUACUAUCUGACCGCUGAGAACCUCUCCGCUCAUAGGAGGCUACAUUUGAACGCAUACAGAUGUACUGAAUGCGGUCUUGUAUCGUGUGUGAAGCGAGUAAUGUCUGCUCACGAUUGCGCAAAACGAGCGGAGCGAUACAGCUGUGCGGACUGUGACUUGAUGUUUAGUUCCAGAUCCCGCUUGUCGUAUCACCGGGCAGCAUCUCACGGUGAGAGGCCCCAGUGUGAUUGUUGCGGGAAAAUAUUCGCUAACAAGAUGACGCUCAAAUAUCAUCUAAAAGUUUUACCUCAAAAUAAGAACGGCGCAGCCAAGGAGCCAGUCACUAUACCUUGUAAAGGAUGUGAUAAAGUCUUUCACUCUAAGAAGAGUUAUCGAGCGCACGUCGUGAUUCACGACAACCAGUCCUAUCCUUGUCCCACGUGCGGGAAACUAUUUCAAUGGAAGCGCAACCUCGCACGUCAUGCUCGCAACCACCGCGAACGCGCCGCGGGAACCACGCACGCUUGUCACGCGUGCGGGAAGACGUUCGCUUCACGAGAUUGCUACAAUAACCACAUGAGACUCAGCAAGAAACAUGUGCACGAGAGUCAGUACACCCACGCCUGUACCUACUGCGGAAAGAAGUUCCCAACGAAAUGGUGUUUGGUAGAUCACGUGGACUGGGAACAUUUGAAGAGGAUUAAAUAUCAAUGUAGUAUAUGUUUUAAGGCUUUCAAAACUGCUAAGAUAAUGUACGCACACAUGAGCAAUUUACACGCGGGCAAGAGAGUUACGUUGGGAGAACAUUUGUGUCAUGUUUGUGGGAAGUCAUAUAAGACAGUGAAGCGUCUCAAGAGUCACGUGUGGGCGAUGCACACGAACAGGUCUCAAGAGAAGAGCUUCAAGUGUCCCUCAUGCCCGGCGGCGUUCAGCUGGCACACAUCCGUGUAUAAACAUAUGAAGAUGAUGCAUCCCAAGAGGGCUAAGGUGGGAGGGAGAUACACACACACAGACAGAGACAGACAGACACAUAGAUGA